AUGUUAUGUACUAAAACUAUUUUUGGAGAUGAAAUUCCAUCAUUUUAUUGGAAUUCAUUCACUGAAAAUUGUAAAAAAAUUAAUUUAACAAUUCCUGUAGAGAAGUAUGGAAUUAUUACUAACAAAGAUCAAAAAUUUCAAGGAGAAAACAUCGUAAUUUUUUACGAAAAAAAUGUUGGGCUAUACCCAUAUUUAAAAUACAUUAACGCUACUCAUAAUGAAUUUAUUAAUGGAGGAAUACCUCAAAAUGCCAACAUAUCUGCUCAUGUAAAAAAACUUCGAAAUGACAUUAACAUCAUUAUACCUGAUCCAGAAUUUAGUGGAAUUGCUGUUAUUGAUGUUGAGGAAUGGAGACCAACAUAUGAUUCUAACUGGAGUAAAAAGCGUAUUUAUAGGUAUGAAUCUGUGCAGCGUGUUUUAACUCGAUUUCCUUAUUUGAAUUGGAAUCAAGCUAGUAAAAUAGCAAGGAAAGAAUUUGAUGAAGCAGCAUAUAAUUUUCUUAUGGUUACAUUAAAAGAAUGUCAAAUUUGGAGACCAUUAGCUAAAUGGGGUUUUUAUGGUUUUCCAAUAUGUGAUGAAAGUGGUUUACAAAGAAACUCUACAUUUUGUUAUCCAACACAUAAUAAUGAGUUGAUUCCAUUACUUAAACAUACAGAUGCUUUAUAUCCAACUGCUUAUUUAUAUCCAGGUAGACCAGUAGAAACAGCAAGAUUAUAUGUUAAGGAUGUCUUGAGAGAAACAAAAAGAUUAAAUAAUUUAAUAAUUAAAGAAGGAUAUAAAAAAAAAGAAAUUUAUGUUUAUCAUAAAUUUGAAUUAGACCCAUAUAAUGAUGUAAUUGAAGAUAUACAAUUCUAUGAUAAGGCUACAUUAGAUGCAACAUAUAAACAAGCAAUUGAUUUUAAUAUUAAUAAUAUAAUUUUAUGGACGACAUCUAAAAAUAUAAUGAAACGUUGUGGAUAUAUAAAGAAUUACAUUGAAACAUCCUUAGGACCAUAUAUUAAGAAAAUAAUUAAAUCCUAUAUUUUAUAG